AUGGAUUUGGCUUGGAUUUUGAUGCCAAACCGUUUGCGUGUUACAAGGUCAGAAUGCACCUAUUGUGAAUCAUACGAAAAUCCAAGAAAUUUUGGUCGCGGAAGAGUUGAUGCACCUUUAAGGUGUUAUCAUAGCCAGGAAAGGUUAACAAACAGAUUGGCAAGCGUGUCUGUCUUUGAGAUCAAGGGCCAUAGCAAACAGUUCAAAAUGAUUGAAAACUCUAAAGAUAUAGCCAACAGGGAUAGAUCUUAUUGGAGCACGAAAAAGCUGCAAGGCCACCUCGAACGAUUGGAGCUUUUCGGCACAUAUGCAAGGAAGCUAUACGACGAUCAGUAUUUUCUAUCGAUGAUGAAUUCAUUGAAUCUUAUCUUGAAUGGCGAAUCGACGGACUCAUUGCCAUUGGAAUGCGAUUUGAUUGGUCAAGCUGUUGAUUUUUUUGAACAAACUGAUACUAAUUUGAUUCAGAAAAUAUGGGUACUGGGUUUGGUACAAAGAUUUCAAAUGUAUCAUCCUACUAUCGACGUACUGUCAACGGGCUCAAGUGAUGGUCAACGAAUUGCUCUUUCACGACUAGGAUUAGCAUUGUCUUUGACACAGAGAAUGAAUUUGUGGGAUCCAUUGAUUACUUCUGUGACAUUUAACUCAGCUAUAUGGAUCCCUACUGAUCUCAAAAAAGCUUUGAAACGAGUGGAUUUAUUGCACCAUGUUGGUAAAUUGAAUCAAGAAACAAAUCAAACCUCUCAAAGUAUAUUUUUCAAGGAAGUAUAUGAUGAUUUACUUCAAGCAAGUUGUCCUUUUGAACCUAAAAAAGCAAACUCGUUGGCUGAAAGAUGUAUUGAAGGUAUCAAGAUACGGGAAGAAAAAACAGUAGAAGAAGAAUCAAUGGAUUAUAUAUCAUCACAUCUUUAUACGUUUUCCAAAAGUGCCAAGAAUUAUAUUAAAAAAUCACUCGGUUCACAGUUUGAUUCAUCAAAGAAAAUGAUUAAAAAACAUUUUGAAGAUAUCGAACAUCAACGUGUUCGUACCUUGAAGAGAAAUCAAAUUCAACAUUACUUACAAGAGUCUCCUGACCCUUUUAUCGCAAACUUACUGAAACCUUUUACGGAUGAAGUACCUGUGAACUUGGAUCAUUACAAAUACAUUCUGGAUUGCUUUGAAGCGCUUAAGACGAUUAAAUAUGAUUUAGAUAUACAUCGAGUACAUGAUCCAUCGUCUUAUUCGAGUGACCGAAGGUUUGUGAUCAGUGUGUUGUAUUCAGAAAGCCCAUAUAUAACAGGUGCUGGAAACUACCUCGCUUCAAGGUUUAGAACAGGUAAUUAUCUCCUACAUAUUGCCAUGAGCAAUAUCAGCUUGGGUAUUUGUUGA